AUGUAUCCAGUCUGGGUACAGGAGUUGCUUGUCUAUUGCCGGUUCCAACUGAAGAGCGGAAUCAACCCGAAGGCCAGAGCCAGGCAACUUACCAGCAGUGAAACCUGCGUCCAGGAGCGGAAGGCCCCGGAGGAGGACUUCACCACCUGCCUGCAUUCCACCCGUCCCCAGGGUUUACGAGGGACCGCCUCUCUGUUCCUCACCAAGGGCUCGGAAGGAGCCUACGGCUUGAGGAUUUCAGAAUGGAGUCCAAGGAGGAUCCCUGUCCCUCUGGGAUGGGUUAUUCUAUAUUUGCAUCUGCUGAAAAGCCUGAAGAGACUUUCUGAGUUGCCUAUCACAGUUGACAUCCUUGUGGAGACUGGUGUUGGGAAGACUGUGAAUGGCUUACGGAAACACGAGCUGGUGGGAGACUUUGCCAAGAACUUAGUAGCAAGAUGGAAGAAGCUGGUGCCAGUCACUCAGGAAGUGGAGCGAAAUAACAUUGAUUCAGAAGAACGUGACUGUGAGAGGAUCAGCUCUAGGAAACGGCAACGAGAGCCUUCCCCAAAAGAGGAUGAGGAAGCUGAGCAGGACUACUCAGAAGCAUUCCAACCUUCCUGCAGCCAGUCACAUGAGUCAAACUACAGAGAAAAGAAGGCCAAAAGGUAUUCAGAGCCUGAGAGAAGCCAUCAGGCCAUCGGCUAUGGCAGUCAGGAGGACAAGGGCUGGGGCAGAGAUUCCCCAGAACAUUCCUCGGAUCAGGAAUACUCGGACUAUGGACACGCUUUGUCACCUGAGCUGAGGGAGAGCCCUCAGGAACUGUACAUGGAUCACUCUGCCUCUGAGGAACAAGAGGCGGAGCAGAUAGUGUUUCAUCGAAAAGCUAAUAAAGGCUACAGCUUCCAGGACAAGCUGGUGGGAGGCCAAGAAAGGAACCCAAGCGAACCCCAAGACAAAGGAAACCUGACUCGGAGCAAAGAGUUCAAGUCCUCACACAAGGAGAAGCAGCGAUUGGACACCAAGGGGGAGGUGAGGACCUCGGCCUUUAGCCCAGAAAGACUACACAAGUCCUCUUUCAAGGAGCAGGUCCGAGAGGCUCCCUCAGCAGGUAGCAGCAAGGAGAAGCUCAGGACUUUAGAUAGCACCAAGAAAGAGAAGAACAGAGAAAGUGGUGUCUCCAGAAAGGAAAAGUCACAAUCUCACUUGGAGGAGGCUCUGGACAACCACAUUAAAAAGCAAAAACACCGGGACUCUGAAAAAGCCAAACUGGAAAAACCCAACUUGGAUCGGGAGAAACGGAAGUCAGAGGGUAACUCCUCAAACAGGAACAAAGAGAAAGGACUUUCUGGCAGCUUAAAGACUGAGAGCAAAUCCAAAGCCUCUGACUUGGACAAAAAAUCCAUGGGUUUCUCACCGAGUUUUGGGGAGGUGGAAGCAGAGGAUGAAUAUGAACAGCCUAAAAUGUCCUUUGAAUCAUACCUCAGCUAUGACCAGCCCCAGAAAAAGAAAAAGAAAGUGGUUAAAGCCCCUGUUCCAGCUCCUGAAAGAGACAGAGGGCAUGGCAAGCAAAAUGGGUCUAAAGCCAGUACCAAGAGUUCCGACUCAAGCCGAAAAAACACCAGUCACAAGCAGGCAAGUGAAAAAAGGGCAGAGAAGAAGCAAUCUGGGACAUCCAAACCAAAAAAGGUACCCACUGAUGUGAUGCCAACCUUACCUGAUAUCCCUUUGCCUGCGAUUCAGGCCAAUUAUCGCCCACUUCCCUCUCUUGAGUCUAUCACCUUCUCCCAGACGAAGAGGAAAACAGUGUCCUCACCAGUUGAGGAGGGUGAGGCUGGCUUUACAGGACGCAGGCUGAAUUCCAAGAUGCAAGUGUAUUCAGGCUCUAAAUCUGCUUACCUCCCAAAGAUGAUGUCUCUCUAUGAGCAGUGCAUCAGAGUUCUCAACAACAAUAUUGACUCAAUCUAUGAAGUGGGUGGAGUUCCUUUUUCGGUGUUGGAGCCCGUAUUGGAGAGAUGCACCCCUGAUCAACUGUAUCGCAUUGAGGAAUGUAAUCACGUUUUAAUUGAGGACACGGAUCAGCUGUGGCACAAUCAUUGUGUCCGGGACUUCAAGAAGGAAAAGCCAGAAGAGUUUGAGUCCUGGAGGGAGAUGUACCUUCGACUCCAUGAUGCCCGAGAACAGCGGCUGCUCAUGUUAACGCAGAAUAUCCGCUCAGCUCAUGCCAACAAACCCAAAGGUAGAGUGGCCAAGAUGGCAUUCGUCCAUUCAGCAGCAAAGCCCCCUCGGGAUGUGAGGAGAAGACAGGAAAAAUUUGGAACUGGAGGAGCUGCUGUACUCGAGAAGAUCAAGAUAAAACCCGUCCUUUUCACACCCAGUAGGAGUUACGCCCAGGUGGAUGAGGAGCAGUCCUAUGAUGGGCCCAGCACUAGCAGUGCCCAUUCUGGUCCAUCCCCAGGCAGCACCACCUCUGGCUAUGACCCCAGGAGACCACCAGUGAAGAAAAUCGCACCCAUGAUGGCAAAGACGAUCAAAGCAUUCAAAAACAGGUUCUCUCGAAGAUAAGCUACUGGAGAGAGAUGGGAAUUCCCCUCGGAGGGGGAGUGGCAUGGAAGGGCGGGGAAGGAAGGCACCCAAGUUGCUCACAGUCCUUGCCUUGAUUGUGCUCCAUGGAUGCUGCAGCAGCUGAGAGAGGCUUAAAAAUCUGCACAAGGAUAACAGCACAGUGUUUUCCAAGCCAGCCCUCUGGUCCCUUUCUCUGCCUCCCGUCUUGCUCCCAAUUUCUAUCAAAAGUCCCAUGUUCAGAAUUAUAACGCCAUCAUAAAAUGUGAAGUCUUGGUAUCUGCUGAGAAUGGAAGGACUAGAGACUGAUGUUGCUAUUUAACCUCUUAAUAAAUUUAAAAAAUGGUUUUAAUGAAUAUUUCCCCCAGAUAUUAUUUGCCACCCCCAAAGCCCAGUCCUGGUAGAAGGACCCUGCUUCUUUCCUCGUGACUUGAGUUGGAGCCAUUUCCCUCAAUGUGGAUGCUGUUACAAUGGGAGACUCUUCCUUGAUUUCAUGCCCACUACAUGUUAAGUCCCAUCUGGAACCUCUGGGACAAGGUAAUACUGGAGGCCAAUCUUCUUACCAGCCCUUCAGCAAGCUGGGUUGGGCCUGAGACAACAUUCUCCAGUUGUGUAUGUUAAUGAAUCCCAGCUCUCAACUUCUCUGAUCUCCUCUUUAUACAGUUUCUUAAACUGCUGUUUGGGAAUGCUGAGAGCUGUUGAGGAUCCUUCUCCCUGCUCUGUUCUCUUCCCCUUCGCUUUACUGGAAAAACACAAGUAUUCUUUGGGUGAAAAAUCACUGCUGAAACUGAAAUUUUAAUCACUCUCAUGGGUUUUAGAUUGGUCUCACUCUGUAAGCCAGAACAAUUUUAACAAAACCAAUGAAGGAAUUGGUUUUAUUUUUUUUAGCAGAAGGAAGCAGCUGUGUCUUGUUUCCCAUGUGCCAUACAGCAUUGGAAAGGAUUUUCUGAGUUUUAAAGCUGACACUUUAUCCCACCCUUUCCCUGUAAAUUAUUGCUGGAAAAAACAAAAGCUUUAGUGUGUUGUUUUUAGUUUGUCAAACCACUUUAUGAGGAAAAUGAAUCACAUCUUAUGUUGGUGCAAACACUGCAGUACGAAUUCAAAACACACAAUGUCUGAGGAAAAAUCCCAGCUGCGGAAGGGAGGGAUGAGGUUUUACCUUUGAGUGAGCAGCCUCUGUUGAGCUUGACAGAAAAGUAAUGAGGACUUGGGAGCAAAAUGCCAUCAUGAAGGUGGCCAUGUGUAAGGAUGUUGGCAAUGUGACUUCAGUUAAAUGAGCAGAGUUUCACUAUGGCUGUAGCUGCUUCUGGCAGUUUUAAGGUGAAGGGCACUAUUAGGGAGUCACUGUCAGUUAUAAAAUCCAUAUUAUGGCUGGUAGUUCAGCACAAGCACUGAAUCUGUCUUGGCAGAUGUGAAAGCAAGUUUACCUGUAACACUAUUAGCAUAGAUUUGACUGGGUUAGAGCCGGUACUGCUGUGAGGUAACCUGUUCUGCUCUUGAUGGCUCAAGCCUAUCUGAUCUCUUCUAUAAGAAGAUCUGGAAAUUACUCAUUUGAAUUGCUCCUAAAUGAAAUUGACUCCAUAGGACAUUCUGCCUUCUUUCCUCUAAGGAGAGCAGCUCUUGGUGGUAGCUGCUCAACAGCAUUGCUGUUGUUUUCUUGUCUGGAAAAUCCUGAACAAAUGGAGUUGGCUGUGUAUGCUGACCUGAAAACUUUGCUGUAAAGUGCUUACCACAGAGGGCUUGGGAU